AUGGUUCGCUGUGUGCAAUUUGAUGGAAUUCGGGUGGUGUCUGGUGCCUUGGAUGGUACUGUCAAGGCCGGAAUCCGUCGAACCCUGGCAAUCAUCUUGUUAACAUAUUUGAUGUCGAAUUUUCUCUCGGUUUUAAUCACUGUUUGGGAGAUGUUCGAUCCAGCAUCACUUUGGAAACCUGGAUGGGUUUGCACAAAGAAGAUUUUCCUGAAAGCGACGAUGAAA